GAGUUCCCGUAGGCGCAGCAUUUUCGCGAACAGUUAACAGAAGUUGGGUCAUGGAUUUGUAAUAAAAUCUAUAUAAAAUUUGAAUGAGUUUGAUAAACACGAGUUAUAUUUGGGGUUGUAUGGUUAUUUUUUAGUGAUAUUUAUGAACUCGAGUGCUGUUCCCGUGGGCUGACCCUUGAAAAGACGUUAGAAGUUGAAGCUAACUGAAGUUUAAGCUAACGGCUAACUGCUAACGCUAAUGCCAGAGCUGCUCUAAUGUUUGGGAGAGUCUCAGGCCGUUUGUUGGUGUCGCUUUUUGACAACAUAAAUCCUAACAGUUUAUCCGUUAAGGCGAAUCAUCUGAGUUGUUUUCCUGAUGGGAGAAGUCGGGUUUUAACGGUGUGGAGGCUCCGGGAGAGAAGAUUCAGCACCGACCGCGUCCUGUGCGCCAAACCCCGAAAAGACGCCAAGAAACAGCCGCUGUCCGAGAAGAAACUGACUCGAUACUUUGUGGACUAUCGCAAUGUGAGACUGGUCGCCGGCGCAGGUGGGAAAGGCGCCUGCAGCUUCCACAGUGAACCACGUAAAGAAUGGGGCGGGCCGGACGGAGGAAACGGAGGAGAUGGAGGCAGCGUCGUCAUUAAAGCUGACCGGGUUGUCAAAUCACUCGCUCAAGUAGAUCCAGUUUACAAAGGGCAGGACGGUCAGGCGGGGUCCAGCAAGAACUGUUACGGUCGCAACGGCGGUACGACUUAUAUCAGAGUACCUCUUGGCACCAUAGUUAAAGAACACGGUAAAACGAUAGUCGACCUCUCUGCUCAUGGCCAGGAGUAUGUGGCUGUUUUUGGAGGCGCUGGGGGAAAAGGAAACCGAUUUUUCCUUUCCAAUGAGAACCGCGCACCACUGACCGCCACUCCCGGGGAGAUCGGUGAGGAGCGGGCGUUACAGCUGGAGUUACGCACCAUGGCACACGCUGGAUUGGUUGGUUUUCCUAAUGCCGGAAAAUCGUCUCUACUCCGAGCCAUCUCCAACGCGAAGCCGGCUGUAGCUGCGUAUCCCUUCACCACUCUCCAUCCGCACGUGGGAAUCGUCAACUACAGGGAUCACGAGCAAGUCGCAGUUGCCGACAUCCCUGGCAUCAUCCGUGGAGCGCACUUGAAUCGAGGCUUGGGUCUGUCUUUCCUUCGACACAUUGAGCGCUGCCGAUUUCUCCUCUUUGUUCUGGAUAUUUCUUCUCCGGAACCUUGGACAGAACUGGAGCAUCUGCGUUACGAGUUAGACCAGUACGAACCCGACCUGUCACAUCGGCCUCACGCCAUCGUAGCCAACAAGAUGGACCUGCCCGAUUCUAAAGAGAAGCUUAAGACUUUGAGAGGACUUGUUAAUCAGAGGGUUAUUCCUGUUUCUGCUCUCACUGGACAGAACACUGAAGAGCUGAUCCUACACCUCAGGGAGCUUUACGACGGACACCUUGAUGGAGAAGAUACAAAGGUUAAAAAAUGGUAAAGGGAUUUGUAACUAUUUAUUGAAAAAUAUUAAAUAAGAUCUAUUCUGCAAAAUUGACUUUUCAGAGCUUUAAAGAAUGUUAUAGCCGUUUCCUUCACAUUUACACUCUGGAGUUGUAUUCGGAGUGAUUCAUGUUUGAGUUUAAUCUUUAAUCGUUUAUUUUCAAGACGCCAUUUUGCCGAUCAACCUCCGUUUUCACCUCCACCAGUACACGCACAGUCCGACGUACAGCUGUCCCUCACUAUAUCGCGGUUCACCUUUCGCCGUCUCGCUGUUUCGCGGAUUUUUUAAGUGCAAUUUCACAUGCUUUUUUAAGUCGUAUGAACGUGCAUUGUGUUCUGCGUCCUGAUUGGCUGUUGGACUGUAGACCAUUGUCCAUCAGUCUUCUCCGUGCCGUGUCUCCUGUCCAGUACAGAAUGUGUUCAGACAAAUUCACAUAAACGUUGGAUCUCAGUGUGACUCUGAAGUGCUGUACGUUUGCGAUUUGUUUUCUCCCCGACAAAACCCACAAUGUCGAUGAAACGUUCUGCACCGACAAAGACGCCUACGAAGGUUUGAACUUUGAGAGAGUUUAAACGAGAGAGAAAUGUGAGAAAAUGUUAACGCCUGUGUGAGAAAAGUGUAUAAAGUGUGUGGUGAGGGGUUUUACAGACAAACAUAUAAAAUAAUGUAAAAAAUAAAGCUGAUACUUCGCAGAUUUCACAUAUUGCGGGUUAUUUUUAGAACGUGACCCCCGCGUUAAACGAGGGACCGCUGUGACGUACGCACUUCCUUCUCCAGUUUUAUUUUCUUAAUCGUUGAUACUCGUAGAAUUCGGCAGCGUCGCAUCAUCAUCUUGGUACAAAUGAAAAAAAAUGGUUUGCUCUAGCGUGAUGUGCCAUGUCAGCUCCCAGCGCGGAAGUCAGCGGAUUUGUUUCUUUUUAGAUGUCGUUUUGGAGGAAUAUUGGUAUUUUAAAUGUGUAAAUUAUAACAUCAUGAUCCACAGGUGUCAGAGAUUAUAACUAUAGACACACAAGAACAAUAAGGCUGAUCGAAAAGUCUUGAAAUAAAAAAACUACGCUCUUGAAGUGACUGUAUACAAAAUAUUCAUCAGACUAGAUCCACCUCGAUGAAAACGUGUUAUUUCCUGGUACGUGCAAAGCUUAAAUAAUUUCAAAAGCCUAAUAUUUGUAGGGCUUUUUCUACCCACUGUUUUUUUUUUCCUUUUUUUUUUUUGUUGAUUACAAUUUUCCCUCUCAUUUUUUGUUAUUUCUCA